CAGAGGCUAUAUUUAGUCCUCCCCACCUAGAUACGGCCUUAAGAUCAAGUUUGAAUCUUCCGUAGUGCAGCAGAAUCCCAAUCGGCCCUACAUUUUUCAUUAACUACUGCCAACUACCUUUUCCGCCGGGAUGUGGGUUAUUCACCCGAAUGCUUACUGACUAUCUCUCUGUCUUUCUCUUCUCAUACACACUGAGCAGACGGUGGUGAGGAAAGAGCACAAAAGAAGAAAAAAGAACAUAUGAUUAUGAAUAGCACUAAGGUUGCUGUGGUGGGAAGUGGAAUUUCAGGAGCAGUCUGUGCAUCAAAUCUUGCCAGAAAUGGAAUAUCUGUGACAUUGUUCGAGUCUACCAGAGGCCCUGGUGGCCGCAUGUCUCAAAGAAGAGAAGUUGCUGAAGAUGGGAAGGAGCUAUUGUUUGACCAUGGUGCUCCAUUUUUCAAUGCCAACAACACUGAGGUUCGAGGUCUUGUUCAUGAAUGGGAAGCAAAGGGUCUUGUUGCUUGCUGGAGAGAGAAAUUUGGGUGUUUUGAUCGUGUUUCCAACAAAUUUGUGGACCUAGAACAGGAAGGAUUAAUAAGUAAGAGAUAUGUGGGUAUCCCAGGCAUGAACUCUGUAUGUAGAGCAUUGUGCCACGAGCCUGGAGUGGAAAGUAAGUUUGGAGUGAGUGUUGGGAGAUUGGAAUGGCUAGAGGAUGAGAAUUUGUGGUCGUUGAUUGGUUUAGAUGGGCAAAAUCUUGGCCAGUUUAAGGGAGUAGUUGCAGCAGACAAAAACGUUGUUUCGCCCAGGUUUACAAGUGUUACAGGGAGACCACCACCUCUUGAUUUAAGUUUGGUUACAGAAUUGGCGGUUAAGUUGAAUGAUAUUCCUGUCCGCCCAUGCUUUGCUCUCAUGAUAGCAUUUGCAGAGCCUCUGUCAUCAAUACCCUUUAAAGGCUUCUCAAUAAAAAAUUCUGAAGUUCUAAGCUGGGCUCAUUGUGACAGCAGCAAGCCUGGCCGUUCCACCUCUAGUGAGCGAUGGGUUUUGCAUUCAACAAUGGAGUAUGCUCAGACUAUAAUUGCUCAAACUGGACUUCAGAAACCUUCAAAUGCAACAUUGACAAAAGUGGCUGAAGAACUCUUCCAAGAAUUACAAAGCAUGGGACUUAAUAUCUCACAGCCCCUUUUCAAGAAAGCUCAUAGAUGGGGAGCUGCUUUUCCAGCUACAAGCAUAGCCAGAGAGGAGAAAUGCCUUUGGGAUAAGAACAAGAGGCUUGCCAUCUGUGGUGAUUUCUGUGUUAGUCCAGAUGUUGAAGGUGCUAUAGUUAGUGGCAUAGCUGCAGCUUCAAAACUUACAGAUGUCCUCAGCUGCUUAUGAUAUUCCUAGUGUUAUGACUUAUGAGUUUCUUUUCCUCUGGAUUUGGUGGUUACUGCUGAAAUGUGUAACAUGGCUUGACUCUAGUAGGAAAAUAAUCUCAAAUUUAUAAGCAAAUUCCAGAUCAUUUCAAGUUCUUGUAACAAUAAUGAAUCAAUGUCUACUUCCAUAUAUUCCAAUGUGCAUGAAUUGAUUCAUA